CUUGUAGUUGUGACGUCAGACAGGAGUCACAACAAAGGUCUGGCAGCCUGACAGUCAUCUCUGCGACGCUGCUUUAUUAUCACCUUUACUACCACGCCCAGAGUCACAUCAGGAAUCCACGGCAAUGGGGGCAGUGUUGGGCAUAUGCAGCGCAGCCCAGCUGGCAUGCUGUUGUGGUUCAGCAGCAUGCAGCCUAUGCUGUUCAGCUUGCCCAUCAUGCAAGAAUUCAACCUCGACUCGCAUCAUGUAUGCAGUUAUGAUGCUGAUGGGUACUGUUGUGGCUUGUAUCAUGCUCUCCCCGGGCCUACAGAGUGCUUUACAAAAGGUACCAUUUUGUAGCAGUGGGGAAGGUGAUACAACAUCCAUACUAAGUGCGGCCACUGAGGGUGUAAAGCUAGAUUGUACAGAGGUGGUUGGUUACUUAGCAGUGUACCGUUUGUGCUUUGCAAUGACAUUGUUCUUCUUCGUUAUGGCACUUCUUAUGAUCGGGGUUAAAUCAAGCAAAGACCCUCGAGCUGGAAUACAAAAUGGAUUUUGGGCUAUCAAAUUUCUUGUCUUGAUUGGUGCGAUCGUUGGAGCAUUCUUUAUCCCACGGGGACAAUUCGGAGAAGUUUGGAUGUACUUUGGCAUGAUCGGUGGAUUCCUGUUCAUUCUAAUUCAGCUGGUCCUCAUCAUCGAUUUUGCACACUCCUGGGCAGAAUCGUGGGUGGACAAGUAUGAAGAAACUGAGAGUCGUGGAUGGUAUGUAUUUUUUAUAAUUGUGGCUUUCACUUUCUAUGCAAUAAUCUACUGUUCAUUGAAAGUCAUUUCUACUUACUCUUAGGCUGAAAGUUGCAGUCUUCACAAAUUCUUCAUCUCCUUCAACUUGAUUCUGUGUGUGAUCAUCAGUAUUGUGAGCAUCUUGCCCAGAAUCCAGGAAUCACAGCCACGCUCAGGACUCUUGCAGGCAUCUCUUAUCACACUGUACACCAUGUACCUGACAUGGUCAGCUAUGACCAACACUCCCAAUUCUGAAUGCAAACCUGAUUGGGUUUCUGUCAUCCAUGGUGGUGACCCCACUUCUUCUCCACCGGCCAAGGAGCCCUCUUUUGAUGGAGAGUCAAUUGCUUCAUUGAUCAUCUGGUUCUUCUGUGUUCUCUACUCCUCGAUGCGCACUGCUUCCAAUUCCCAAGCUUCACGCCUCACCAUGUCUGACAAAGUUCUCUUGAAGGAUGAUUCUACUUCCCGUAGGAGUGUGAGCGACAUUCCCCUUGUGACCAGCGAGGUGGUACAAGGUGCCUCAGGUGACCCUGAGGCCGGGGACGGUCACCAUGUGUGGGAUAAUGAAGAGGACGGUGUAGUAUAUUCCUGGUCCUUCUUCCACACUAUGUUUGGCUUAGCCACACUAUAUGUGAUGAUGACCCUCACUAACUGGUUCACUCCUAACUCUGACCUAACAACACUUUCCAGCAACCUGGCUGCUGUCUGGGUAAAGAUUGUGUCCAGCUGGAUCUGUCUCUUCCUGUAUUUGUGGACACUGGUGGCUCCCAUCCUCCUUACCAACCGUGACUUCAGCUAAAUUUUCAGACCCUCUACCAGUAGCAUGGAUGCGUAUUUUGAUGUGAUGUAUCACUUUGCAGAUAUGAAUGUAAUAGUAGUCCAAUUCCUCUUUCACAUUUAACAGGAUUGAGCAGAUUACAAAAUGUUGUGUGACACAACUGCCCCAAGAAAUGUUUUGGGAAAUGAAGAUGAAUGUUCAUUCCAUUUUAAUUGACAUUGCUCAUGGUUCAAAUUGCCGAAACAUGAAAUCUUUCAUUGAAGACACGAUCAAGAAGGAGUGUCUUGAUAUGAAAAAAGUUUUAGCAACUCCAGUAAAAGGUUAUAUUAAUUUUGUAUGUUGUUGCCAAAAAAAAAAAAAAAAGGGACAAAAGUCCAAUGAAUAUAUUUGCUGAAUGUUAAAUUAUGUAUUGGCAUGUAUGUACUGUGUUGGUGGAAGGCUUUAGUACUGGUACUUUAUAUUUGAACACACUUUUUGAUUGGCUUUUAAAUUUCAUAAUGCAGUACAGUACUGUGGUUUUCAAAUAUGUCAAGAUAAAUCAUCUGAUUUAUACUAAGGGAGUGUAGCAAAUGUAUGUUAUUGCAGUCAUAUUCAAUAGUAAAAUAGGUAAAUUUCUAAACGUAAGUUAAGAUUGGCUCUAUUGUUAUUGAGAAAAUACUCCAUAAUGUAUAACAUUCAUUUUGUUCUCAUGUGAAAAUUGUUUAGUAAAAUUUUAAAAUACGAAUGACAAUCUUUCAGUCAAAAAUUCAGGUGACCUGAGAUUUAUUGAAAUGCCAUGGCCAUAAUUUUAUAUUUUUAAGAUUCUGUAUUUGUUAUUGUACAAUUUCAUUACUUUUAGAAAGUGAAAGAUAUUCCUCUGUGUAAAAACUUUGUGAUAUCUUAUCCAGUUAAAAACUUUUAUUUGUAUAAUAUAUUAUUUUGUUUUGAUAAAUGCAUAAGAUUCAUAUAUUCAUACAGUAUUUGUUUAGUAUUGCUCAGUACUUAUGUAAAGUGUACUAAAAUGUUUAUAAGGCAAUAAAUUACAGUUCUCUAUCAUUUACUUAAAUAUUAUACUAAGCAUAUUUUCUUUCUUUUUGGGUCACCCUGCCUAGGUGGGAGAUGGCCGACUUGUUAAAAAAAAAAAAAAGCAUAUUUUCUAAUGAGGCAGCCAAGUAAUUUGGCAUAUGCUAAAUAAAAAGGAAUGACAAGUUUAGGACUAAUUUUUUCAUCAAUAAGUCACAACCAUGAGGUUGUUGCCUUACAUGCAUGGAUUGGUGUUACAUAUGUAAUUUACCUUGCAUUGCUCACUGCAUGUACACUAAUUAAAAUGCAUAAUUUAUUGUGCAAAAUUUGUGUAAUUUAUUUUUGUCAUCUUAUAGGCUCAUGAGGUUAAUGCUACUUUUAAUAUCUACCUUUAUUUAAAUUAUGAUUCUUUUUAGUAUUUUUAUAUUUCCUCCAAAGUUAUUCAUAAACUUGACAUAUAACUAAGAAUUCGCUGAAACUACAAGUCAAAUCAGCAGUCAUUGUUACCAUGGUUCACCGUAGCUCUAAUGGCUACCUUGCCUUCAUGUGUGCCCUUAGACACCUAGUUUAACUGUGCCCCACCAUGCUGCUGGCAUCACUAAAUAAGUCCUCUAUAAAAGUCUCGGAUUGAUUUUUCUUCAUUGUCCAAUAAAAUAACAAUGUUGAUUUUUGAAGAAAUUACAGGCAUGUAUACAUUUGGUAUUAUUCUACAGACACACACACACACACAAAAAAAAGUAGCCCUUUGUGGCUAUUGUAUUCUAUCUGUAUCAAUAGCAUGUUGAAAAUAGUUAAAUGUUGGAAAGUGUUCAUAUCCAGGCAAUUCAUGCCACAAAUUUACUGCAGAUCAAUGUCUUUAAGUUGUCUAAAUUAUUUUAGGCAUCUUUAGCAAUUUGGUUUUCUUGAAUGGGUGCUCUGGGGUGUGGUAGGAAAUCUGUGAUAAAGCUCAAGUUAACAAGGCAAGCAGUGCAGUCUGGAGAAGCUGCAGUUCUACAUGGCAUAGUUUCUGAAUAUCCUUUUAAAAUGUUUUACAGUGUGGUAUUGGAAGGUUGCAGACAGCAGUAACUUUGUUAUCAAAGUAGAUUUGCAGAGUAUUUGAUAGCAAGAGUGUGAAUAAAUAUGAACAUGUAUUUACAAUCUUGCACUUACAUGUAACUGUAUUUAAUGUGCUCUUGAUACAGACUAUAUAAAUACUGUAGUUGUAUAUUUAAUCUGUAUCUAAAUGUAUACCAGUGUUGUCUUCUUAAUCAAUUUGAAUUAAUGCCAUUAAGGGUAUGAAUAAUUUUUUGGCUUUUUUAUAUUUCACUAUUAAAAAUUUCUCUACUAAAAAUUUUCAGUGAUAUCUUAGCUAUAUACUUUUUUCCUGAUAGUUGCAUAUUAAUUUUUACUCUUAACUGUUGGACUUAAUAUUUGACCCAACAUUUAACCCUUAAACGGUCCAAAGAGAUUGACGUCAAAUUCGUAGUGCUACAAAAGUAGAUCUACUUUUUUUUACAUAUUUUCAAAUAUAAUAAAAAAAAUGUAGAUAAAAGUUUUUUUUACACGUUUUCAAAUGUAAAACAAAAAAGAUCUACAUUUUUUUACAUACUUUCAGAUGUUGAAAAAACGUAUAUAUACGUUUGGACUGUUUAAGGGUUAAAGUAAAUUUGCAUUUUGUGUGGUUGUAGAAUCCUUUUUAAAAGUUUUUUUAGUUAUAGUACUAAAAAUGCAAGUAAAAUUUAGUGCAUUGCUACAAGCAUUUUUUUUUCUAGUGUAUUAAAAUUCAUUUAGCACAGUUCAGGAGAUGGGAAGCUGGUAGACCACAGUAGUUAUGCACAGAAGCCACACUCCAAUCUUGUAUCAUUCAUAAAUUCGUAAGUUAAUACCUGUUGAUUUAGAAAUCAUUCUUGUUAGAAGCUCUAUACAUGCUAUCUUGUGUAUUAAAAGAUGGCUGUGCAGAGGUGCUUCUGUGGGUGGUUUCCCACGAUCUUGCUAUGCUGUAGGGUAAUGUGAAGUGCCAAUGUGUCUGAAUAUCUGUGACUUAAUUUUUUUCCUGCAGUACAUUUAAAUCAAACUUGGUUUCUCUCCCAUCCAGUGAACGUAGUAAAUGUGAUAAUGCUUGUAGGAGUAUAUUGUAUUCCAGUAGUAACCAAGCAUUGCAAAUACAAUAGAAAAUUUCCAUAUCUUCAAUAAUAGUAACAGAUUAAAAAAUGAUGAACAUUUAGAGAUGAAAGAUUACUUUUGAAUGAUGGGGGGCUGGUAUAGGGUUUAUAAUAUACAGUAGGGCCCCACUUAUACAGCAGGUUAGGUUCCAUGCUACUGCCGGAAAGCAGAACGCCAUUUUUCCACUAUAAGUGCAUAUAAAUGCCAGAUAACAAGUUUACACUAACAUGCAUUAAGUAGUUAUUAAAAACAAUAAAAAGUAAAAUGCACACACAGUACACUCAUUAUUUACCUCAAAAUAUUCGUAGUCUUAAUGUAGGGCAAAAGGUGAGUAGUAUUUACUGUAAGAAGUUAGGUGUGGUAGCCCUCCUGGUGAAAGGUGAAAAGUAUUUAUUUGUAGAAAGUUGUGUGGUAGGUAAGGAAGCCAGCCUGGCCACCCCACCCACUGUGUAAACAGACAGACGAUGCAUCUGAUUAUGGUUAAUAAACAUUAUAUAAAACACCUUACAUUGUUUACAAGUUGUCUCCACAGUGGUACAGUAGAAUAAAUAAAGACUAACACUUCCAUUCUCAUGUAAUUUUUAGAAGGAAUGAUGUUCUGACAAAUUAUUAUUUAUUACAAAUUAUUAUAAUCAUAAUAAAAAAGCACUAAACCCACAAGGAUCGUGAAUUGCUAUAUAUAGAGAAGGCAUACGAAAGGAAUAUUUAAAGUUAUCCCCUAGUGUUUGACUAGAGGAAACGUAAUUCUUCAUACACACCUACAAAGCUGCUUUGUAAACAAAUCUUAUAUUUGUCGAUUUUUAUUCUGUGGGUGUAUGUAUAAUGUUUAUAUGCUAUGUAACAUGUUUCUUACAUAAUUUUGAAGAAAAUAUCACAGAUGGAUUAAUGAAAAUGUCUAUAUUGAUGUAAAAUAAGACAUUUAAUGUGCCCAGGAGAGAUUAUUAUUACGUUGUAUUACUAUGGCAUCAUGAGUAUAGAGACUUAGUGAUUUUAAUGUAUACCCACACUCCAGCACAGUGUGUAAGUAUAUUUAGGUACAGGUACACAUAAGCAUAAUUAUCAGAGUAGUACAUAUAAAAUACGCAAUAACUUUUAAACACUUGAAAUUUUGGAAAGUUUCCAGACAUAAUAGAUGUGCUCAUGGAGAAUGUAAACACACCAGGUGGGGCACGCCAUAUUUGAAAGACCGCUUGCCAUAUAGCAAAUUUGUCAUAAUUUGAAAUCGCUGUAUUAGCGGAACACCGUAAGGCGAAACGCCGUAAAGCGGGGCCCUAUUGUAUACAGCAUCUCCAUAGUUGUGUAAUAGCCGUUGGUUUCUUGUAGUUAUAUUUUAUCUUGAGUUUUAAUUUAUGACACUAUCAGAGGAAGGAUAGAGGAAAGUGGAUAAACAAAGAGUAGUUAGUGUUUUUACAGACAUCAGAACCAAGAGUCUACAGAUCCUGGUCCCUGCAAUGGAGGGGCCUUAAUGCUCAUGAAGGAUCGCUGAUCCAAGGUAUUUGACCUGUCCUCCCUUUCCUUGGAUAUAACCUGAUUGCUUCUCAGGCAUUAAAGUGCUUUAACCCUUGAUGAUAAUACAUAUCCGUGCACUAUGACCAACACAGGCUUGAUACUGUUUUUUUUUUUAUAAUAAAAUAAUAAUAUAGAUCUUCAUGUUUUGAGUCAUAUUAAAAGAACUGUAAACUAUUUUGUUUUAAAUAGUUUGCUAGGCACUAAAUUCAUUAACGUAGUUCAGAUCAAGAAUAAUUAUGCCAGUAUUUCUGGUGUUUGUAAGAUUAGUUAUAAAGAUUGAGAUCUAGUUUACAUAGGUGAAGCUUCAAGAGAUGGCUUAGACACCAGUUAAAGAACACACAUACUUAGAGAACCAAACACUUGUGCAAUGUAAAAUGUAAUGCUUUCAUUCCUUCCUUUCACUUACAGCAUUAACACUAUGCUCAUCCAGUGCUUUUGCAUUUGUUGUUGUAGAUCAAAGAGUGUUUUAAAUGGAUUGAUGACCAUACAUGGGACUUUACUCGCAUAUUCAUACUUUCUACUGUUGUAUUGUCCUGACGAAAAAAAUGCGAAAUUCAAGAUUGUUGCAUGUACAGUAUUCGUAAAAUUUUAAGGUAUGUUGGUACUAUUAGUUCUGAGUUUGUCCAAAUAUAAAUGAUUGAUAAACAGGCUCUUCCAUUUCAAAGCCAAAUUCUCUUUCUAGGUUUUUUUUAUUAACUGUGCUGCUGUUUAUGGCUAGUCUUCAAAACCAAAGUUGGAUUCUACCAGCUAUUCAAUUACUUUUAAGGAAAAAAUAGGAUUAUGUACUCUGGCCAUUUUAAAAAAAAUGCCAAAUUGGUAUUGCUUAUCACUUUUUUUUAAUCACAAUGUCUGGGUUUUGUUAGUUUUACUUAAAUAUGCAGCCUAAUUAACAGUAUUGAUGUUAGUUCCUUGUUAAUGUUAAAGAUUAUAUGCAGUAUAUGAAGAGAUGCCGGUUUAUUUUUCUUUUAUAGUAGGUGUUAAAAUUGUAAAUUUGUCUAUCUAGUACUCCUCGGUAUCAAAUAUAGUUUUUGCAUAUAGUCCUGAGUUAACCGAAGUGACUUUUAAUUUACCUGCUAAUAGAGAUGUAGCAGAUUUAAGUGAUAUUAAAUGUAAUGUAAUAAAAGAUUUAUAAGCUAUC